AUGUCGAGGUAGAUUAAUGACAGGAUAAAGAGCAAUUUACAAGAGCUCCAUUCAUUGUCUAUAUAUCACAAUAGAUUUGGAUUGUUUUGCAUCCUUCUCUUCCAAUCAUAUCAUAUGUCAUGUAUUUUAGUUGUGUGCUCCUUCUAUUUUUAACAUAGUUCACUGAUCCAGUAAUUUAUACCAUUUAUAAUAUACAGGGAAUUAUACCUAGAAAAGAAAUCAUAGAAAAAACGAGGGAUGAAAAUCUAAUACAAUUAAUACCAUUUAAUUGAAGCUGAUAAUGCGAAUUAUUUUGUUAAAAAUCUAUGUAACUUGCAUGAUUAAGAAACAAUCUCUUUUUAACCAUUGUGCAGAAUGUGA